CCAGUAUUCUCACUAUAUAAUAUAUAUGAAUUUCAUCAUAAUUUCAUACAUAAUUGUCACUUUUUGCCACCCUCCACAAUUGCAUAAUUGCUGGUGUAUUUUGGUGAAGGUGAUAGAAGGGUUCGGUGUUUCCAAAGUUGUGGAUUCUGAUAACCCGAAUUUCAAACCUGGUGAUUUCGUCACAGGGAUGACAGGUUGGGAAGAAUACAGCUUGAUCAAAAAACCAGAACAGUUGAGAAAGAUCCAGCCAAAUGAUAUCCCUCUUUCGUACUAUGUGGGCCUUCUUGGUAUGCCAGGUUUUACCGCUUAUGCUGGAUUUCAUGAGGUUUGUGCCCCUAAAAAAGGAGAUUAUCUUUUUGUCUCUGCUGCAUCAGGAGCCGUUGGUCAGCUUGUAGGCCAACUCGCUAAGCUACACGGAUGCUAUGUAGUUGGAAGUGCUGGCACAGACCAGAAAGUUGAUCUUCUGAAGAAUAAGCUUGGGUUUGAUGAAGCUUUUAACUACAAAAAAGAGACAGACCUUGAUGCAGCAUUGAAAAGGUUCUUUCCGAAAGGCAUUGAUAUUUACUUCGACAAUGUAGGCGGACGUAUGCUUGAUGCAGCACUUACAAACAUGAGGAUCCAUGGCAGAGUCGCCAUUUGCGGGAUGGUAUCUGAGCAAAGCUUGUCUAAUAUCCGAGGGAUUUACAAAGUGUUCAAUCUCAUAUCCAGGCGCAUAACGAUGCAAGGAUUCCUGCAGAGCGAUUACUUGCAUUUGUACCCACAGUUUUUGGAAGACGUGAUUAGUUACUACAAGCAAGGGAAGAUUGUUUACAUUGAAGAUAUGAAUGAAGGGUUGGAAACUGCUCCGGCUGCAUUUGUUGGGUUAUGUUCUGGGAAAAACGUUGGUAAGCAGGUCAUUUGUGUUGCUCGUGAAUAAUGUUAUUCUUGCAUAGCAUAGUUGUACACUGGAAAAAUUGUUGGUAAGCAGGUUGGUUGUGUUGCCGGUGAAUAAUGCUCUCUUUUCUUGCAUAGCAUGGUUGUACACUGUGGUGACAGUUGGGAAUUCUGUUUUGGGUUUACAAUUUAUUCUGCUUAUUAUGACACUUUUCUUGAACUUUCUAUUUAUUAAAUAUAGACUUAACUCAAA